GACUAGUUUUUGUUUUAUUUAAUGCGUGUGUUCAUCAUAGAUGUAACCUGAGCAUCAAAUGCAAGUGAACUUGUGCCACAAUGUACUCUGCUGUCUUGUUUUCAUCACUUUCAUCAUGAAAUCAAGUAGUAAUUUCAGGUAGUAAUUUGUAGUAAUGCACUAAAUACCUAAGGCAAAAUGGUUGCAAUAACAACUGAACCAAUGAUUUUAAAUACUUUGAGCAAUACUGUUUGUUGUUUUUUGAUGUUUUACUCUUUUGCAUUGUGAAGGUCAUUAUAUCAAAUCAAGUAAGUCUUUUGUUUAGCCAGGAUCCUAUGCAAAUCUGAGAGAAAAUUAAGUAUUUUGAAAGUCAAAUGUUUCUAAACUAAAAUAAUGCCAAAGAGGUGAUUUUUAGAGAGAAGAAGAGUACAGACCAAGACAGCAGUGCACAGAGAAAGUUAAAGCAAGUUAAAUCCAUAAUCAUGCUUGUGUUUCUGCUCCUCGCAUCAAUGUUUCACCAAGGUCUUACAGUAGUGGGCUAUGGAGACAACUUCAUCACUGCCUUUCCAGAGAACAUUGGUUUCUUCUAUCCGUCUGGUACCAUGAACUAUCUAAAAGUCACGGCCCUUCAUAAAAACACUAGCUUCACAGUCUUCUACAAUGGCACACAGCAAGACCAAUAUAUUCCAAAUUCAGGACAGACCAUGAGUGUUGUGUUUCCAAAGUCUGCUGAAAUAUAUCAGCUAGGCUCCUCGUUUUUAUCUGUCAGAAUUACCAGUGACAAAAACAUCACAGUGGUUUCUAUAAGUCAACGGGAAGGCAGCAUCCAGUCCCAUGUCGUCCAGCCAACAGUAAAUCUUGGCACAAAUUAUUUGAUCCCUUUGCUGGAUUACCGAGGGUAUCUUGAAUCUUUUGACCUACCUAGGCUUGACAAUACAACAAUGAGAUACAGCUCAUUCAAGUUACUCAUCAUCAAUGCGGUGGACAGUCAAAACAAUGUCACUAUAGUCAAGCAAACAUCAGCAUCAGAUAUUCGAAAUGAGACAUUCAGUAUGGAUCCUUACCAGCUGGUCCAGUUUCAGACCAACGGUUCUGUUUUGAGGGUCAAAUCGGGCAAAGAAAUCGCUGUGAUGUUGACCCACCCAUGUGUAGAGACUCAGAGCUGUAACUGUAACAUGGUAAUAAAUCAGAUUCUUCCCUCACAGUUUCAGGGUCGGAGCUUUAUCGUACCUUCAAUCUUCAACAGUUCUGAGACCAAAUUACUUGUGCUGUCAGAAAACACCUCCUCGCUAUUUCACAAUGGUAACCAGCUACAGGCUACUCCCUCAACGUUUCUGCCAAUUUCAGAACUGCAGAAAUCCCAGCUGAUAAAUGCAACAGAGCAAGUGUCCCUCAGGCUUUUCAGUCCGGGCAUCAUUGUGGAGUUGAUCCCAGAAACCAUGUUUUUUGCUUGCUUCCUGCUGCAAUUUUCUUCAACAAAUGGCAAGGCAUUGGUGAUCGCUGAAACAGACAGCAAAGAUGAUGUGCACACACAUAAUGGUUUGCUCUCAGUAUCUGACUGGACUGCAAUCGCUGGCACAAACUACUCUUCGGUUGUUGUAACCAUACAAGAUCAAAUUGCCACAAUCUGGCAUCCAACAUCAAGGAUUGGUGUUUAUAUGCUGGAAGAUAUGUCUGCAAAAGUAAUGUUUGGAGGCCCAGCUAUACCAAUCAAUGAAAAACCAGAUCUUCAUGGCUGUGUGGUAGUACCUGGGGCAUUUGCAAUUGGAAAGGACACUCUGACUUGGAAGAAGUCUCGUGAGUACUGCAUGAUUAAUGGAAAUCAGUUUGCCUGUCCUGUAACUAAAUCUGUGCUUAAGGACAUGGCUGAUAACCUGACCAAAGAGGAUGGGGAUGGCUGGAUCGGACUCCGCCGCAGUUUACUAACUACAGACUGGUACUGGCAGGAGGAGUAUGAGCCCCCAAUCUCUGUCAAUUACGUUCACUGGAAAGACGGGCAUCCACUGGGCGUUUUGAAGGGCUUAUGUACUUCAGUGUCCCUUGACCCUAAAAAUUAUUUCAAAUGGAAAAGUGCACGCUGCUGUGAUAAAAAGAAGCCAGUCUGCUACAAAAGGCCAGUUUACCUCAAUCCUUCACAACAACUGUUGGUGACUUACAUUUAGUGCUUGUUAGUAAUGCUAUUCUUUAGGUUAAUUAAGUUUAUAUUGUUAUAACAACCUGCAUUUCUGAGCUGUAUUUUUAAUGAUUGCAAUGUUAUAUUAGGUUUAAUUUAUAUUGCUACAUGGUAAGAUUAUACAAGGUUAAGGUUAUAUUAAGCAGUUGUGUUGAUAUUUGAAUUAAACAGUUUUUCAAUUUACCAUUGAAAGACAUUGACUCAAAUGGAAGCAGGAUGUAGAUCAGGAAGUUAUGAAUGCCACAUCAACAAUAAAAUGUAUAUCAUUAAUAAAAUGAACAAAAUAUUAUAAUCAACAUGCAACCUUAAAUUGUUGUAUAUAACAAAUUGUGUAUAUAACAAAAUAAAUUUGUAUAAAGCAUGACAUUUAGUGUCA